CGAGAAACUUAAACAAGGAUUCCAUCUUCUUCGUCUUGUUGAUACGGUGAGAUCUAGAGGAUGCCCUCCGCCUCUGCCAAAGUCGAGAAGAUUGCCCCUGUUGAGGCAAUCGACCCUAUGAAAAUAUGUCUCCAAACGCUGGAAAAACGAAUGAGGAAUUUAGAAAAACGAAAGAUAAAGUUGGACAAUUACCGUAAUGAUGUAAAAAAUGGUAAAGAAUUGAAUGAAGAUCAAAAACUUGCUGUAAGCAAAUAUGAUUCAGUUAUUUGUGUGCUUGAGUUUGCUGGUGAUCUUUAUAAGUCCAUGAAUACUACCAUUCAAGAGUGUUCUCGACAGUUAAAAAAACAAGCAAAAAAAGAACAGUUGGAGCGACAACAGCAUGAGAUCCAGCGUCUUCAAGAAGCUUUCAUUUUCUGUCAUAUUUUGUCAUGCUUUCAAAAUGAAGAUGUACGGAGUGAUUUCUUGAAUGGAGAAAAUGGUGCCAUUCAAUUGACCAGUGAACAGUUAUCGCAGUUGGACCAGUUAUACAAAUUGCUAGGGCCUGCACUUCCAAAUGAACGAGCUGAUCUUACUAAUCAUUUUCAUGCUUUGGCGGAAAACCACAUUUUCUUGGUUGAAGGAAAGAAUAAAGAAAUUGCUGGUACUACUUAUAAAGUUCUUAAAGAUCUCUUGUCCAGCAUUAAAGAGUCUGGAUAUUUCUCAAGACCAUCUGAACCUCUUGAAGAUGGGACAUCCAGUGAUGAUAUGCAAGAGGAAAAUUUAGUUGAGAAAUUGGAAAAUACUAAUAUUUCAUCUGAACAGCAAGAAAUUAUUCAGACUCAGACAAAUGAUCAGCAGUAUGAAGCUUCUGGGGAAUCUAAUGGUACCUGUGCAGUAACUGCUGAGGAGAUUCAUGAAUCACCAGCACCUGUGCAAAAUGGGCCAUUACAAGAAGUUCUCUCUUCUCAAAAUGCCUUCAACUUCUUACAGGAAUCACAAAUUGAUAUGGGAGCUCCUCAUAUGGACCCGGCUGUUGUAGCUGUACACCAAAUGGCACCUCCACAGGCUGUUAAUUAUGCUAUGACUCCUUAUCCACCAACUUCACCACAUGAAGAAACUCCUCCUUUAGUGAAUGGAAAUGAACCACAUGAAAUCCCUGGACCUUCUGUACCUGCUAGCCAGGUUUCUCCAAUUCCUAAUGCUAUUCCUCGAACGGUACCUCCUGUCUUAACAUCUGUUCAGCACGAUUUUGAUCCAUCUCAUCCCAUCCCGACUCAGACAUUCACAAAUCAAAGUUUUGCUGUGAUGCAAAAUAUGAUUAUGCCUCAAGGCUAUGUCCCAGUGACAAUGCAUCAUGGCCCUCUUCCUCACCAUAUUGCACCAAUUGCUGUGGUACCUGCACCACCUCCUGUCACUACUGCCCCAGCUCCUGUUAUACCCAUGCACGUACCAGUUACUGUUCCAGUUCAAGAUGUAAGUCCUUUAACAGCAUCAGAACCCAAGCCAGAAAUUGAAGAGACACAGCCGAUUAUGGAAAACAACGAUAUAGAACCUGAUUCUAACUCAAAUGAACCAUCUGGUGAAAAAGGAACUGAAACUAAUGGCUAUCCUCAAUACCGAGGUGGUUACCGAGGGAGAGGACGUGGACGAGGAAAUAAUGGAUAUUUCAGGGGAAGAAAUAAUUAUCAUAAUGGGCGUGGUGGAUAUCAAAAUCAUUAUUAUCAAGACAGAAAUGGGUAUAAUAGUAAUUACAGACGAGGAAAUAACCGUGGACGGGGUGGAAAUGGCAAUAAUCGUGGCCGUGGAAACUACAGAACACAAUCAUCUCAACAACAACAACCCCAACAGCAACAACAAGCGCAACAGUAAACCAUGAAGUAUGUGUAAAAUUCAUCAGCUGUGUUAAUAAUCAUCUCUCGGACUUGGCAGUGGCAGUGGAUCCUCCUUUCUCAUAACACUUUAGUUAAAACAAAAGAGAUUUUGCUAUGGAAACAGAAAAUAUCAAUAAUAUGAAAUAAGCUAUGGCCUUCUGACAAGUCUUCACCCAAUUCUCUGAUCAAAGCUUCCACCUAGCAUUCAUCUGUUCACACAGUAUUAAGAGAGCAAGUAGAAAGGGUCAGACAUCAUAACAUUUACCCUUCAUUCUUGCGUGGAAGUCAGCAAAUUGGGACCAGCACAUAUUUUGUGCGGCGAUUUGACACGAUUGUCGCAGGAAUCGUAAAUAUUUUCAAUGCAGACUUACAAAAGGCUGCUCCUAAGUAGAAUAUUGAUCAACCUGAUUGUGCAUACAACUUUUUUUGUUUCUUUUUGUUGUGAUAAUCAAUUUUUGCAGGGUUUUUCAUAUGCUACUUGUUUUAUAUCAAAACUUAAAAUUUGCCCUUUGUGUCUUUCUAACCUGUUAUUUAAUUUUUUUCACUUCCCUUCUUUCUUUCCCAUCUAUUGUCUUUUAGUUGGCAACUUAAAAGCAGAAAAGAUGUUUUUUGUUCCUAAUGUUCAAGCCUCCUUAUUUUUUUUGUGUGUGUGCAAAAUGUGCACUUGUGUGAAAAUUGUAUAUCUACCGUUUUUGAAAAAUUGUUGACAUAACUACUAGAUGAUGCCAAAAAUCAGUUACCUGUGCAUCUGCAUUUUCUGCUACCCACUAUCAUUCUGUAGUUAGGUAAUGCAUAUUCUGUCAGGUUGUUUCUGGAAAAUAAAUUUUUGUAAAGAACUUUAAGUUUGGACAACAGUGUUAGUCCUUCACUGAGUAUCCAAAGCUUAAUUGCUCUGAUGUUAAUAAAGUGUUUUAAGAAAAUAA